GGUUGCGUGCCGUUACACUUCAGUCAGAUUACAGUAUCUAAUAGUUGUGAAUCUAGGCAUGCACCAUGGCAUCACAUUUACCACCACAGGAUCAAGGACCAGAACCAGAGCCCGGAUGGAGGAGUCUUCGAACGGCAAUCUUCACAUCGUCGGAUCGUUCAAGACUGACGUGGACCCGAAUUUCAAGCUGUGCCUGACCUCCCGCGUGAGCGCUGCGGACUUCAACAUGGGCUACUGCAUGACGGGGACCCUGGAGCGCGGCUGCAAGAGAACCAACUCGUUCCAAGUGACGCACUUUGCCGUCAUCCGUCGACUCGAGGUCCCCACGCCGACAACAUGAUAACAACGUCGAUCUCACCGUCAAUCCUCUCGGUCAAUUUCUCAACACGUCCGUUUUGUUGUUGGUUUAUUCAAAUCAUCCCUCCAUUGAGUCAACUUGACACACGAGGCACGCGCUUCACACACUAAACUAGCAAUGAAGUUAUAUAUUUUUAAAAUUUCUCAAAAAAAGCUUAAAGACUGGUUUGACUUCAGUGUCCAUUGCGAAUCAGUGGCAAGGUUCCAGCCUGUCCGUUAGCAAACCGUCCUCACGCAAAGGCCGUGCCUCCGGCUUCUUCAGACCCUCCAUCCUCCCCCAACAUGUUCCACUCUAGAAAUAACAUUCUACAGUUCAUGCGU